AUGCGCCCCGGGCUCUCGGCCCUGCUUGUGCUUGGUGUGACCCGCGUACGUCUGCAAAGAGCAGAAGGCAGACCAUGGGAGGUUGAUACAUUUUCGCACCACGGAGCCCAGGAGGUGGUCCGGUUCUCCAUUCGGGAAGUGGAAGUUGUUAACGCAGGACGUUAUUACUGUGAAUAUGUAAAAGAAGGAGCCGCAUCCAGAAGUGAGCCCCUGGAGCUGGUGGUGACAGGAAUCUUCAAAAAUAUACCAUCUCUAUCUGCUCAUCCGGGUCCCCAUGUGACCACAGGAGGGGAUGUGACCCUCAUUUGUCAAUCAAGUCUUCACUAUGAUGUUUUCCAUCUGGUUAAAGAUGGGGAAAUAGUCUUCUCCCAGAACUGUUCCCAUUGGAACCACAGCUCCUGCCUCAUCUCCCCAGUGGCCCUGGUCCAUGAGGGCUCCUAUACAUGCUACGGUGCUUCUAAACAACAGCCCUUCCUCUGGUCGCUGCCCAGUAAGCCCCUUGAGCUGUCAGUCACAGAAACGAAUGGUCUUGGACAAGGAUACACCCACAUUGUGGUUGGAGUCUUGGCUGGCGUUGUGUUUAUUCUCUUCUUCUUCCUCCUCCUCGUUCUUCUUUGCUGUCGGUACCAGGUGAAACACGAUGCUGCCUUGAAGGACAGCCAAUCAGGAGCGGAUGGACACACAGACACACAAGUCCCCACAGCAGAGGAGCCCAAAGAAGUGAUUUAUGCGCAGUUGCAACGAGAAGGUUUUAGGGAGGAUGUGGACGUGCCAGCUUCCUGUACGACUAAAGAGCCCUGUGUGUACGCCACCCUCACCUUGCCCGGAGCCCAGAGCUGA